GGAGGGGCCGGUAACGCAACUCCACCACUCGGGAAGAGUAUAAAAGCCGUCCGGAUCAGGAGGAAGCAUCUCCGCUCCGUCCAGAUCUGAUACCUUUCGUUGACGUCUGCUCCUCUCAAAACUCAACAAGAUGAGGACCGACAUGGAAAAUGCCAUGGUAUGUAUGGUCGACAUCUUCCACCAGUACUCCGUCCUGAAGCCAACCGAUGACUACCUCCAGAAGGCAGAGUUUCAGAAGAUGAUGAAGGAACAGGCUGGGGAAUUCUUGAAGAGAACUAUGCCGCCCAAUCUUGACAUAAAUGGCUACAUCGAGCAAUUGUUCAAGAAGGCAGACAAGAACAACGACCAGAAACUCAAGUUCACCGAGUGGCUGGUGGUGAUGGUGUUGGCUCUGAACGACUACCACAGACGAUCCCACGAACUUGGCAGCGACGGCGGCUCCGGUCACUGCCACAGCCAUGGUGAUGGAAGUGUCCACUGCCACUAAAUCCUCCCUUGCUGUCGGUGGCAAACAAAGCCGUAUCAUCCACGUAGCGAACCAAAUCAUCCUGGAAAAGGUCUUGAGGACCUUUCUCCUGUCUCAAAGCAAUAAAAUAUUUCUCAGUGAACUCUA